CGCAAGCUGUAGGCAGUGAUCGGUGACUGGUCGAAUGGGAAGCACGUAUGUAACCACAUCCAUGCGUGGCUGGCAUGUGCUUCUAACGCAGCUUCCCCUCCAUCUCAAUCUCCAUUGACACCUCACCACCAUCUGACCCACGACCGAACAGCUCCCGCGACAACAUCCACAACAACCACGGAACCCUACACAUCUACACCACGCACCACCGAUGGCAGACGAGGAAGCCGCCAAGGCCGAGAAGCUCGCUGCGGCCAAGAAGCGGUUCGAGGAGCUGAAGAAGAAGAAAGGCAAGAAGGCAGGAAAAGCCGGCGCCGCCGCAUCAGCGUCAUCGUCGAGGCCAGCCACACCCGUAGAGAAGGACGAAGCGGCCGAAGAGGAGAAGACGGAGGUGCCGGAGGUGACGGAGGCCGAAGCAUCCACUCCCACUCCCGCCGCCGCCCCCGAGGAGGAGGAGGAGAAGACCGAGCCAGAGACUACGGAGGCUGCUACUACGGAGGCUACUACCACGGAUGCCGCUGCUGCGGAGGAGACUGUAGAACUCGAACCCGCGGCGACCCCCGACGCCGAAACGGCCGAUACCGACAGUCCCGGCGAACUCCAGUCCGCGCAGGCCCGCGCAUCAUCGAUCCUGGCGCGCCGUGCCUCGCAAUCGCACUACCGCAGACCGUCGAUAAACGCUACGGAUAUACUGCGCUCGGCCAAUAAGUCGCCGUUGAGCCCGACCGAUGUGCCGGAUAUAUACCACAGGCAGGCGGAGACUAUAUCGAAGCUUACGGAGGACAAUGAGAAGCUGGCUGAGGAUGUCGAGAAGCUCAAGGCCAAGGAGAAGCGGCUGGCGGAGAUUGAGGCGGAGAAGGAUAAGCUACAGGAGCAGCUCGCGGAGGUACGGGAGGAGCUUAGAGGGGUCAAGGGACGGAUCGAUGAUGCCGAGGCGGGCAAGAAGACGAGUGAGGAGGAAAUGGAGAAGAUGAAAUCCGAGCUCGAAGCUUUGAACCGACAGACCUCUCACUUGACAUCGCAGGCUACCGCUAAAGACAAGACCAUCUCCGAGCUCCGCCUUGCCUCGUCCGACUCGUCGAACUCACAAGACCGCGAGUCCCUCACUGCCAAAGAGGACCAGAUCGAGAACAUGGAAAUCGACUUCAACAAACUGCGCAGCGAACUUGAACGCACGCAAAAGUCGCUAUCCGCAGCCGAGGAGUCGCUGAAGGAGAAGGAGACCGCCAACGAGGCACUACAAGAGCAGCUCUCAGCCGCACAAAAAGAGCUGGAAGCAACCAACACGAAGAUGGUGGAGGAAGCCACGCGGCACUCAGCGCUCGAGUCGCAGCUCGCCGCGGCCAAGGAGGAGCUCGACGUCGUCAGAUCCGACAUCAAGAUGAAGAACGCGCAGAUCACCAGUCUGGACAAGGACCACUACACGCUCAAGACGAUGUACCGGGACGCGGAGGCGAAAUCGCAAGAAUCAUCGCGCACCGCGCUCACCAAGGGGCGCGAGGCACAAGAUCUCGAAGACGCACUUGCCGAGGCGAAGCGCAACGCCAGCCAGCUCGAGGCCGAGCGCGAAGACCUCAAGAUCAAGCUCGAGCGCGCGCUCACCGAGAACCGCAAGCUCACGGGCGGCGCGAAUGCCUCGUCCGACCACGACGAGGUCGACGAGCUCGAGGAUGCGGAGCGCAUGCGGCUGCGCGAGCGCGUCCGUGUGCUCGAGGAGCAGCUGGACGCCGAGAGAAAGCGGCAGCCAAACCACCACCACGGCGAGUCGCAGCCGCCGUCGACCACGCAGACCAGACAUAAUAGGGGCAUGAGCAUGGUCUCGGAAGGCAGCUUCCUGAGCGACGACGCGGACUUUGGCGAGAUGAUGAAGCAGCAGAUGGCCGCCGCGCGGGAUAAGGAGGAGGCGGCGGCUGAGGAGCGCAGGAGGGCCGAGAUGGAGCGGCUCGAGCGCAUCCGCGAGGUAAAGCGCGGCCUUGAGAAGUGGAAGGGCUGGAGAAUGGAUCUCACACUGGUCGGUGGCAGUCCACAUGGCCUGGGGGAAAUGUUUGAAGUGUAGGUAGAACAAAACCAACGGCGAGUGAUCGAUGGAGCGGAAAUUUGUCGAGUGACCACACGUGACGUUACCCUCCGUCCCCACCACUUGCGGC